AUGGCUUCCAUUUUCCACCUUUCUUCAAUCUUCAUAUUACUGCUCAUCUUCCUUAGCAGCUCCUCAGCACAGCUCUCCACAGACUACUAUUCGAAAACUUGUCCAAAUCUGUUCAGCACGAUUAAGCCGGUGGUUGAGGAAGCAAUAUCGAAGGAGAAACGCAUGGGAGCUUCGCUUCUCCGUCUCCUCUUCCAUGACUGCUUUGUUCAGGGCUGUGAUGCGUCGCUGCUUUUGGACGAUAAUGGAGGUUUCAGAGGAGAGAAGAAGGCGAAGCCGAACAAGAAUUCAGCGAGGGGGUUUGAGGUUAUUGAUAAGAUUAAGAGUGCGGUGGAGAGAGCUUGCCCUGGAGUUGUUUCUUGUGCUGAUAUCCUGGUUAUUACUGCAAGAGACUCAGUCAGCACUCUUGGAGGGCCAAACUGGAGAGUCAAGUUGGGGAGGAGAGAUUCAAGGACUGCAAGCUUUAGCGGAGCUAAUAAUAAUAUUCCCCCACCCACAUCCAGCCUUACUAACCUCAUCUCCAAGUUCGCGGCUCAGGGGCUUUCUACCAGAGAUAUGGUCGCCCUAUCUGGGGCUCACACAAUUGGAGCAGCACGAUGCACCAGCUUCAGGAAGAGGAUUUACAACGAGAACAAUAUUGAUUCUUCAUUUGCAGCAGCGAGAAAAUCCAGCUGCCCUCGAAGCUCCGGAGACAACAAUCUUUCACCAUUAGAUCUCCAGACUCCAACAAGUUUUGACAACAACUACUACAAGAAUCUGAUCAAUCUAAGGGGGCUUCUUCACUCCGACCAACAACUCUUCAGUAAUGGUUCUACAAGCUCUCAAGUUCAGUUCUAUGCCCGAAACUAUGACUCCUUCGAGAGUGACUUUGUUGCGGCUAUUACAAACAUGGCAAAUAUAAAACCACUGGUUGGUUCUCAAGGAGAGAUAAGAAAGAAUUGCAGGAAGAUUAAUUAGUAAAUUAGACAUCGUUGGUAGACUAUUAUGACAAAAACAUCGUACGUACACGAGUGUUUGUGACAUGGAUUUUAGUUAGUUAUGUGCGUGUCCUUUAAUUGUAUUCUGCCAUCCUUUUUAAUUUAUUCUGUGUGGGGCUUGUG